AUGCUCUGUAUCAGACUACCACACCUCGCUCUCCCCCCUCCCCCUCAAAAUAAAUGCGGGAUGGACGUCGAUACGAGCGUGGCGGGCCCCGCACCUCCGCGCGAUGGGCCAAUCAGCUCCGCUCCCCCAAAAGCGUUGCGAUACCGCCGCAACCUCGAAUGUCCCGGCUACGGCAUCCAGCUGAAAUGGGGCCAAGGUGUCGCCAGUCGGGGCAAGCUAACUGGCCAGUCGAUUCCUGUGCGCGAAAGCCAGGUCGAGACGUUGACUAACGCCAUGGUCGUGAGCGGCUCCAGCGCUUCCCAGUUUACCAUCCCCAGCUCGAUUGAUUUUCUCCGAAUCCAGCCUUUCUCUCCGGCGACAUUAGGCUCUCCUGCCACCGAACUAAGUCUGACUAGCCCACGUUUUCCGUACGCAUCGCAGUUGCUUGCCUGGUACAAAGAACGGGUUGCGCAUAGACUGGCAUGGAUCGAUGGGCCGCAGAAUCCAUGGCGCCAGAUCAUCCUCCCACUGGCUGAGAACUCAGAAACCGUCAUGUCCUCGGUCCUGGCCCUAGCCGCGCAUGACCUCGCCUCGCAGUACCCGCGGCAGGAUCCUUGGUUCGUGAAGUUUACAGAUAUCUCCAAUGCAUUCCAAAACAAGGCGCUAGCCCUGCUCGCGCGAGAGCUCAGCUCCUUGACCGCAUCCCAAUCCCUAGAGUCGCGAACUGAUGCCUCGCUCACUCUCGCAUCCGUGAUAAUCAUCUGUAACAACGAGCUCCUGAACGCCGCCUCCGCCGGCUGGCGCAUCCACCUCCAAGCCGCCCGCGAGCUUAUCCUCGUAAACACCAACCAAACUCCCAUCAUCCAGACCGAACUCGCACGCAUCCAAGAGUUCCUCCUGCAGGAAUUCUUCUCCACCACCGUCUGGACCCACCUUACCACCUUCGACGACGCCAACGAACCCACAAACAACAUCCCCCAAGCCCCCACAAGCACCGAAGACGCCGCCGUAGCAGACUUCAUCCGCAUAAUCCACCUCAUCACCCGCCUCGAGCGCCAGAAGACAAACUCCCCCGCGCCCCUGCCCCCGUCCGUCAUCCAGGACACCAUUGCCCAGAUCGAAGCCGCCCGCCUCAAAUCCCUCCGCCUCAGCGACACCGUCACCUUCUGGUCCGACGCCGACCGUCGCGACUUCGAGCUCGUAGUCUGGAUGUUCUACCACGCCAACCUGAUCUACAUCUCGCAGGCGUUCCCGGAGCUGCGGCACGAGCGCGUCGACGUGCGCAGCUCCCGCGAGCAGAUCCUGGCGCAUGUGCGACAUCUCUCGGAGACGCGGAACGGGAUGUUUGCGCAGGAUCUGGUGUGGCCACUGUUCGUGGCGGGGACGGAGUUACGGGGAGAUGUAGCAAGUCAACGGUUUGUGCAGAAUGCUUUUCGCGACGUGAUGCGGAUUAGUCGGACGUUGGAUCGGGCGAGAGUGGUCGGGUUCUUGGAGACCUGGUGGACUUAUGAGGGGCCGGUGAUGGAGUCGUGGAUUCAGUUGGCGAGGGAGAGGCCGGACGAUUUCAAUUUUUUGUUGUUGUGA